AGUCAAUCAAAAAUUAUUUAAAAAUGAAAAUUUUAUUUUUUAUUUCUGUAAUUUUUUUGUUAAAAAUUGUUGAAGGAAAUGAAGGAAAUAUUCGUGCAUUGCCUCCAUUCUAUUUAAGAGUUACAGGAUUUAAAAAAUGUUUAGAAAGCAAGGAAAUAAACGGUGACCAUGAAGUUUGGUGCUUCCCUGAAGAUAUACCUGCUGGCUGCGACCCUAAUUCAUGGGCACAAUUAAAAGUAUAUUUAAAUUAAAAAUGUUUAAAUAAAGUAAUUAUAUUAAAAGGAACAUCAAGAGAAUGAUGGACUUAAGCAAUGUUGUAAUAUUUGAGAAAGAAAAUUAUUUUGACAAAAUAAAUGUUGAAAUUAAGAAUACAUGCAUGUACUUUAAUUUAAU